GCUAGGUAUUCCCUACUCAUGACGUUCACAGCCGUUUAUCGAAAGUAGACAGCCGCAGUCAUGACGUCGAACAGGAUGUGUGAAGGGUCUUCCAAAAAGAAGCUGGGAAAGUGAAAGGAUCACAUCGCACCCGAGCGAUUGGGAUGAGGUAGGUGAUUCUCCAACCCUGUGACGUAAGUACUGGCCUUAAAGGCAAAGGCCAAUAUUUCUUCUUGUUUUCUCGUCAUGAUCAUGUCCUCAUAAAAGAUCCAAUUCGUCGUUUCGUGUACUGUGGAUUUAGAGAUCAACACUUUAUGACUAUUCCCCAUAACUAUACCCAACCACAACCACAGCAGACACAUCAAGAACAAUACGGUCCAGUAGAGAUAACUGUCACGACACGAAGAAUCACUACAAGUGAAGAUCCAGUAGAAUUCAUCCACCCAGCCGCCAUGUCUAGACUCGGAGAGGCUGUCGGCGGGCUAAGCAGUCCGCUUGGCAAAGCUACGGAGAACGUUCCCGGCGGAGGGAAAGACGACCACCCACAAGAAGCCGCGUCACAAGCUUCGGUACCCCGUUCCGUCCCAGACACUUCUGAUGGAAACGAGGGUGAAGGCGAGAUGGUCCCGGCAGCGGGACGCAUCAACGACAAAGGAGAAGUGAUUGAUGAUGAAGGGACCCCCAUCGGUAGGGUGACUCAUGCCGAGGUGAAAAACCUUUCCGGCCUCAUCGUCACAACAGAGGGUGACAUACUAGACGAAGACGGAGGCGUGGUCGGCAAGGCUGAACCCCUCGAGGAUGUCGCGUCAGAAUUCAACUACACGACAAAGACUGGCAAGGACACCGCUACACAAGGAGGACAAGAAGGACAAGAACAAGAAGGAAAAGAAGGACAAGAAGGUGAACAGCCACAGCGCGGCGGUGGAAGUAGAUUUGGUGGUGCGCUCUCUGGAAUCUCAGGGACCGCGCAAUCAGCCCUCGGGGGCGUCACGGGUGGACUUGGCCAGACUGCCAAGAGCGCUACCGGGGCUGCUGGUGAUACGGCCAAAGGUGUCACAGACACUGCCGGUGAAGCGACCGGAACUAAAGAUGCUACGGGUGAGGCCGGGGAUGCGGCUCAAGGCAUUACGGAAGCGGCCGGCGACACCGCCGAAGGUGCAACGGGAGCCGUAGAUGAUGCUGCGCAAGGUGCGACAGGAGCUGCCGAGGGGACCGCAAAGAACGUCGACGUACCAGAGACUUCCGACGUUGGUGGCGAUGCUGCUGACGUUGCUGAGAAGGCAGCUGAAGGCGACGUUCCGGGCGAGCAAGAGCUUGAAGAGGGAGGAGCUCCGAUUGAACUUAAAGACGAAGAACCCGAACUUGGCUCCAAGGUUGGCGAUCUUACCAAAGAAGGUCUUGCCCCAAUUGACAUCCCUUCGUUAUCUCCUUCCGUCGCGAAUAAGGUCGUGGCGCUAUUCGAAGGUCCCUUUACUAUCGCAGAUGGUGGCAAGGUCACCGACAAGCAAGGCAAAGUCAUCGGCAAGUUGGCCAACGGCUCAGAUAUUCAGGACCUAGUGGGCAGAGAUGUCAAGGAGAUCGAUAGCCAAGGAAACUUAGUAGCCGACAGCGGUACCAUCGUCGGCAAAGUCGAUAUCGCGCCAGAGGGCUCAAUCGCUCAACGCAUCAAGGAAGAGGUUCCCGAAGCCGCAGACCGCCUCAAUGCCAUCGAGCAACAAGCCGAACAAGCCGAAAAAGCUGCGCCAAUCCAAAUCCCCUCAUUUGCCCCAUCCGUAGCCGAUAAGGUUAUCGCAAUGUUCGAAGGUCCUUUCAACAUUGCCGAGGAUGGUCAGGUCACAGACCAGAAGGGCAAAGUUCUUGGCAAGCUCGCGGAAGGCCAGGAGUAUGAGCAUCUGGUCGGCAAGGACAUCAAGGGUAUCGAUGGUCAAGGUAACUUGCUCGGCGACAACGAGACCGCCCUUGGCAAAGUCGAUUUGAUUCCCGAAGGCACGAUAAUCGAGCGGAUAAAGGAAGAAGUGCCAGACGCUGCGCCCAGACUCGAUGCCCUCGAUGCUGCUAAGCAGCAAGCCGAAGAACAAGCCGAAGAGCAAACUAAGUUACCUGACAUUUCCACUCUUGAGGGCAAAAAGAUCAACAAGGCCGGCAAUGUUGUCGACGACAACGGUAAUCCUAUUGGAAAGGUGAAGAGCGGUGACAUCAAAAAGAUGAUCGGUAAGGCUCCCGAUAAGAACGGAAAAGUAUGGGAUACACAAGGAAAUGUUAUCGGCGAAGUCGAAGUUCUCCCCGAAGCAGUUCAGAAUGUGGCUGCGCCGUUCGAAGAUUUCCCGGAUGCUACCGUGGAUAAAUUUGGCAAGGUCAUCUACGACGGCCGCCAAGUUGGUGUUGUAUCUGGUGAUGAUUUCCAGAAGUUGAUCGGGAAGAAGGUAGAUGCUGACGGCGACAUCAUCGACAAGAAUGGCAACGUUAUCGGGCAUGCUGAGCGCGCUGAAGCCGAGGAGCCCGAGGAACCAGAGCAGGAAGAAGUCGACUACUCUAUGCUCCGCGACAAGAAAAUCAACAAACUCGGCAACGUCGUGGAUGAUAAGGGCCAAAUUUGGGGCCAUGUUGUCCAAGGCGUUCUGAAGAACCUCGUUGGCAAAAAGGUUGGUGACAAAGGAGAGAUAUUUAACGACGCCGGCCAGGUCAUCGGCAAGGCCGAGCCUCUCCCAGAUAGCGAACGCGCAGAAGUUAAAGAGCCCGCACCAUUCGAGGAUUUCCCCGAUGCCAUCGUGGGCGACCAAGGAAAGGUUAUGUCCGGUGAUGAGCAAAUCGGUAUCUUGGUAGAGGGUGAUCCCAAGAAGCUGAAAGGGAAGUCCGUCGAUGCCGAUGGUGACAUCCUGGAUAAGGCAGGAAAUCAGUUGGGCCGUGCGGAGCGGUGGGAAGAGGAAGAACCUGAACCUGAGCCAGAAAUCGACAUGUCGGCUCUUGCUGGCAAACGCAUCAACAAAGCUGGUAAUGCCGUUGACUCGCACGGCGACAUCUAUGGCCGCGUGGUUGAGGGUGAUCUCAAACGCCUCAUCGGCAAGAUGUGCGAUAAGAACGGCUUCAUCCGCAACGAAGGUGGUGAUAUUAUCGGAAAAUGCGAGCUUAUCCCCGAAGCUGAGCGUGAGGGCAUGAAAGAAGGCCCCUUCACUGAGCUCCCUGGUUGCACUGUCAACAAGGAGGGUAAAGUCGUGACACCUGGCGGCGACGUUGUCGGACGACUUGUUUCUGGUGACCCUAAGAUUCUGUUCGGUCGCGCUGUCGACGACGACGGUGAUAUCUGUGACAAGAAUGGAAACGUGCUGGGUCAUGCUGAACGCUGGGAGGAAGAGCCAGAGCCUAAAGACAUCAACCCCAUGUCUGGCCGUAAGGUCAACCGUGAGGGUAAUGUUGUUGACGAGAACGGCGACCUCAUGGGUAAACUUACAUCAGGUAUCUUGAGCGAGUGUGCUGGCAAGAAGAUUGACGACGAUGGUGAUGUGGUCGAUGGCAAAGGCAGCGUCCUGGGUCAUUGCUCGCUGCUUGAAGAGAUACCUCAGACGCCCGAGCCCGAGGAGAGUGAAGAGGAGAAAGAAGCUCGUCGGCAGCUUGAACAAGACAAGAAGAUUGCGGGGCAGAUCUCAUUCUGCAUUGAACAGUCUCUCGAUAAGAUUAAGCCUAUUUGCAAGAUGAUUACUGAUAGAAUCGACUCCGAAGAGCGCAAGCCAGAAGAUGAGCGUGAUGAGGAAGAGCUUGUCAAGCAAGUCCGCCCUCUCAUUGAAGAAGGCGGCAAGAUCCUAACCGAGGCCAACGGCGUCAUCCGGGGUCUCGACCCUGACGGCCGCAUCUCAGCCAACGCCAAGCACAAGACAGCGGCGCGAGAGGCAACGCCUGAGGAAUACCGUCUCGCGGAUCUACUGAAAGAACUCACCGGCACGGUAACCGAGACUAUUGAGAAUGCUAAGCGCAAACUUGAGAACCUACCUCAUGCUAAGAAGGGUAUCAACCCACUGUGGGGUCUCCUAUCCGAGCCUCUAUUCCAAAUUGUCGCCGCCGUCGGUCUCCUACUCAGCGGAGUCUUAGGCCUCGUCGGAAAACUUCUUAACGGACUUGGCUUAGGCGGCUUAGUUAACAACUUAUUGGGUGGUCUUGGGCUGACGAAAGUCCUGGAUGGCCUCGGGUUGGGCCAGAUCUUGUCUCCUAUUACUGGGCAGAAGAAGAAAUGAUCUAAUGUGGAUUCUGAGGAAGCUUGAGAUCUUAUCUGCA